AUGGAGACGCUGAAGCUCGUGUCUGUGCCAACGGUGUGGACUGAAAACAGCAGUGUCUCCCUCCCCCCCACUGAGCCUCCUGAAUGGGGCCUCGUGCGGGCCAUCAUUCCUCCAUACAUCUUCACGCUGUGUGUGUUCGGCCUGCUGGGCAACGGCUUCGUCCUGCUGGUGUUCUUCAUCCACAAGGAACGUCUGACCGUCCCAGAGAUCUACCUGGGCAACCUGGCGCUGGCCGACUUUAUUCUCCUGGCCGGCCUCCCAUUCUGGGCCAUGUACAUCCACAACCACUUCAACUGGCCUUACGGAGACGCCUUAUGCAAAAUCGUAAACUCCUGUAUCGUUUUCAAUUUCUACACCAGCAUCUACACCCUGACCAUGAUCAGCAUCGACCGCUAUCUUGCACUUGUGAAGACCAUGGAGGCCCGGUGGCUGAGGCGGACACUUCACGCCAAGAUAGUGUGUUUCAUCCUGUUGCUGGUUGGGCUUUUCAUGAGCAUGCCGACCAUACUUCACAGAAAGGUCAUGUUCAUCGAGAGCCUCGGGACGCUGUCCUGUAUCCUGGAUUAUGACGACUCCUGGAAGCUGGCCCACGAGACCAUGCUGAAUGUGGCAGGUUUUAUUCUACCUCUUCUGGUAAUUGUUUUCUGCAGCUGUAACAUAAUCAGGGCCUUAAGGAAGAGGAAGGAGACUGUUCGUUUCAAUGAAUCUAACGACACAAAGGCCACGGCUUUGGUGUACGCCGUGACGCUGGUGUUCUUUCUGUGUUGGGGUCCGUUCCAAAUCUUCACCUUCCUCGAGAUACUGUGUGAUGUUCAAGCGUUAGAUGAGAUGCUGUGGUUCCACACGCUGGAUAUCGGACAUCAGGUUUCAGUGUAUCUGGCAUUCCUCAACAGCACUCUGAACCCGGUGCUGUAUGUCUUCUCCGGGCAGUACUUCAGGAGGAAGGUUAGCACCAUCUACAGGAGGACUAGAGGCCGUCGCCGAGGAUCAGACAUGACCACCUACCAGCGCUCUGUUGUGUCGACUUAUAUCAACAGAGCAGAGCAAAUCAAGCCUGUAGUUCUUCCUAACUGA